UUCAUUUAUUUGGGUAUAUACAAAUAGAAAAUCUUAUAAAUGUAAUUAUUUUUUUGUAGCAAAGAAUAGAAAUAUUCAACAAUCCAUAUAUUAUGCUCGUUCAAAGUAUGAGAGAGCAUAGAUAAGUAAAUACUUUAAUGUUUUUUCUAUCGAAAAAAAACAAAAAGAAACCAACAGGUAAGACGCUGGCUGGAAGCCGCUUGGGUUUUUUGCAAAUUCGUUUUUCUUUUGUCGUAAUGUUAUCGUAUAAAUCAAGAUAUCGUUAAUUAGAUCUGUAUCGUUCUUCAGAUAAAGAUAGUAUCUCCGAAUUCUAAGGAAAAGAUUUGUGUGUGUCAUUCGAGCGACGUUUAAUCUACCUUAGUCAUUCAAUCUUUUGAAAUAAAAGAAUCUGUAAAAGAAUUUAAAUUUCCCGCAAUUUUCUUACAUCAAAGAUGUCUCUCAAGCGAAUAUUUCCUGAACGCGGCAGCUACAAAGUAUCAUCGCCAAACAAUUCGACGCAAAUGGCCGAGAUCAAGAGGGCCGAACACGAGAAACCCAGUGCAGUUCAAUAUGAAACAAAGAUGGCUACUACGUCGCUAAUGCCGUCCUCUUCGUUACCGACUCUUUCAUCUACACCAAUGCAACAAAAUCAAAACAUAGGUUAUGAUGUAAUUGAUACUGCGCCAUUAAAUGCAAGUACAACUUUUCAAAAUUUACAUUGGGAAAACCAAAGGAGUUACAAGAAAGUCGAAUUCGAUAUCGAUUCUGGAAGCCAGUCGUCGAAAGAUAAUAAAUGCGAUAAAUGUCUCAUUAAUUGUCUUUAUUAUACGCAUGAAUGUUGUGACUGUACGAUUUUAUGACGACUCUUGUUUUUUAUUUUUUUUAU